AUUUUCCCCAGCAACGAAGCACGCAUCUUUGAUCCCCUCACAAGCAUCAAAGAUCUACCGUCGGAAUGGCAAAGAUCUCACGUGGUGCCCCUGGUGGCAAGCUCAAGAUGACCCUCGGUCUCCCAGUUGGUGCCGUCAUGAACUGCUGCGAUAACAGCGGUGCACGAAAUCUCUACAUCAUCUCCGUUAAGGGUAUCGGUGCGCGUCUCAACCGUCUGCCUGCUGGUGGUGUCGGUGAUAUGGUUAUGGCUACAGUCAAGAAGGGAAAGCCUGAGUUAAGGAAGAAGGUCAUGCCCGCUGUUAUUGUCCGACAAAGCAAGCCGUGGAGACGAACUGAUGGUGUUUUCUUGUACUUCGAGGAUAACGCUGGUGUGAUCGUCAACCCCAAGGGAGAGAUGAAAGGAUCAGCAAUUACAGGACCAGUCGGAAAGGAGGCAGCUGAACUUUGGCCACGUAUUGCCAGCAACUCCGGUGUCGUCAUGUAAAGGGUUGUUUUCUUUUCGGGGUUCUGGCAUGGAAAUGGUUUGCUGUUGCAUGGUUCAGACGGAGAUAGCGAUGACAACAAAUAAACGAAAUUCCAAAGGCACAUUUUGGUUCUCGGGAUGCGGAUGUGACUGUGGAGGGUAUUUUGGCCGGGCCCAACUGGCGACCGAAGUAUUUCAGAGGCCU